GAAGGAAGAAGAACCAAGAGAAAGUCCAAGGAAGGGAAAACAGCAAGAACCAGAAGGUGGCAAAUCAUCUAGUAAAUGUCUACGUCUUAAUAACAAUAGUUUAACAGAGGUCGGACCAUUGAUGGAACUGGUUGUCACAAAGUUUCAGAAUCCAUCUUUAUUAGCCUGGCUUGAUUUGUCCUUCAAUGAGUUAACCAAUAUUCACCCUGUUAUCACAGAAUUUGAAAAUUUACAAAUUUUAUAUCUCCAUGGAAACAUGAUUAAAGAUUUGAAAGAAAUUGAGAAACUUAGUGUUAUGAAAAGCUUAAGGAAGCUUACGUUCCAUGGCAAUCCAGUAGAAAAUGCAAAGGGAUACAGACAGAAUGUCUUGUCGAUGCUUCCACGAUUAGAGAACUUGGACUUUAGCAGAGUGACGAAGGCUGAUAGAAUGACAGCUAACACAUGGGCUCACAUGAAUGCUAAUGCUAAACAUAAGAAGAAGAAAAAUACUGAUGAUGAUUGAGAAAACAAUAUUUCAAAUUAAUCAUAUACUUUGUGUUGAACUUGCCGUUUAAGAAUCUAAUGCAUUCUGGGUAAUAUUAUCUAAAGUGUACACUGAAUCACUUUGAUUGGAUUACAACGUCUGAAACAAUUGAAAUUCAUCCAAUGAUAUGCGUUGUUUUAAAUUUUGGGUAUGAACAAUGAAAUUACCCAGAAUGCAUUAGAUUCUAGAACAGUGAAUUAUUUGUUACUUCUCAUGAGCAUAAACUAUUUGUAUUGAGCCUAAGGAAAUGAAUAAUGUCUGUUAUAUACGUAACAGCUUUGUGAAAUUUUUACUACAUGUAUGUUAGUAUAUAAAUUUGAUUUUGUCAGAAAAAAAAUUUCAUGAUUUAAAAAACUAAU